AUGGCGGCUUCGUCGACGCAUGAUGGCGGCGUUGCUGAAGCGGCCCAGUCCCAAGUCGUCGAGCGCCUCGUCAAGAUGCUCGACCAAGUGGAGAAGCGCGUCGAGCUUCUGCGAGAGCAUGCCGCGUCCAUAGAGCAGGAGCGGCGGGGGCUCGUCGACACCCUGAGCUCGGUGGCCAACAGCCAAGAGCUCGCUUCGCUCACGCCGGAGCUCCGCGAAGAAGUGAGCCUGACGGUCGAGCGGCUGCAGACACGUGUCAAGUCGGUAGACGUGUCGGUGACCACGCCACGCAGCGAAGAGCAGGAGACUGCGCUCGGGCAAAUCGAGCAGUACGUCACCAACCUCGUGCUUCGCAUGACCUCUGACCCCAAGGGUGCCAGGACUCAAUGCAAGGCGUACCUGAAUGCCUGCUCGACAGAUGCAGCUGGCCCAGUCGACCAGAAGUUUCAGGCAGCCAUCUUGGGAUGCACAGCCGACGACCAGAAGAAGACACGCCGUCGCCUUGAAGCUAUCCAGGCGGCUCUGCCGCGUCGGAGCUGAUGUCGUACACCGCCGGUGUAAUAAUUCCCUUCGGCACAGUGUGCGCUUGUGCCUUUGCUACACAGGACAGCAUCAUACCCAAGAACGCUUGUAAAGCAGCGCUAAGCACAAGGGAACCCGAUCGCUGGAAUAUGGUACACUAGACACGUGUAAAUUGAUAAGGCGCAGAAAUUGUCUCGCAAUUUGAGGACAGCAAAUUUUUGUUUCAUGGAUUGUGCACACUGAGGUUUAUGUUGUGCAGUGGCAUUUGAAAAAAAAAAUCUGACCGCCCCCUACCUAUUAUGUGUUGCAUAUCCAUACGCAAAAUUAAGGAUAAGUACGGACUGCGCAGGUUGGCUAAAAUAAUAUCUGGUAGUGUUUUAUAAUUAGUGAACGUUAUUGUGGUGUAAAUAUGCAAUA